AUAUACAUACACUUUUUAAAACCAACAUCUACACCCAACACCUACACCUGGACAGGAACCCCUCGCAAAAUGUCAUUGCUUCACUUUAUUCAAAAGCCUAAGUUUUCGGAAAUUGUUAAGCAUAAAUUUUAGUGAAUUGCCAACAAACAAUCAAGGUUUGCAAUAAAGCCACUAUUGUGUUGCCCAAAAUAUGCCCCAAACCAGAAGUUAAAGACGAUUCAGUCCACGCCAAUGCCAGUCAUGUUGCAAAAGGAUGUCCAUCCGGGGCGACCACAGCGUCCAAUACACGAGGAGGUGAAGAAACUAUCGGAUGCCCAACUGUCCAUGAUGUGCCACAACUAUCGUAUUUUUCCGGGUGCGAUCACCUUUCGGAAUCGGCGACAAGCCGAGCGCCAGCUGCACAUUGCUCUAAUCGAGGAGCGGGCUCGUCACCGGGCACGUCAGCAGUUCGCCGAGGAAUUGAGGCAAGAGCAUUCCGAGGAUCCCAAUUUUCGGCCAGGUCCUCCUCCCCCGCAGCAGCACUAUGAUUUCAGAGCAGCCUUGCCACCGCCGGCGGCUCCUGCCCCGCAUUACUGGCCCGUGGCAAGAACUGUCAAUAUGCGUAUUAAUCCACCACCUAGUAGUACCUUCCAAUAUCGCCAGGAACCCGUUCUGGAGCCCCAUCGGUAUGUGAGCUGGCAGCAACAGAACAGGAUCAACAAGAAAGCUACACAACAGAGUUUUCACCGGCCAGUUGAAGUUCAAGCCAGCGACGAGGGCACUGAACUCAAUUUCCUCGGCUUUACGCUGCCCUUCACACUGGAAACGGCCAGGGAUAUCACCAAUAAAAUAGGUGAAACUCUCAAGCGUUUCCAGGCCGUUGGGGAUAGCCAGGCGGCGACUAGGUUCGAGGGAGGGAGUCAAGGAAAAUACGAGGUAAGGAAUACCGAGAAUGUUGCUCAUCAUCAGACGCAUCAAAGUUCAUAUCAGACAAGCACCAUGAGUGAGCGUAGCCAAGAUGCAUCUGAGGAGGAGUACCAGGAGGACAUAUCCAUAGGGGAAGGUCUGGAAAUGCCUCACGAGAACGAUAGGGAUACGCUAUUCGAUUAUUUGCAGGAUGACAGUGUGCUGCAGACCUACGUACCAUCCGUUUCAAAAGUGAAAACUCUGGCGGAUGCUCAGGCUCAGACUGAACUGGUUGAGAACUCCAGUAGCGUCAGUACGGCCACCACCUACCAUGAUUUUUUUAGCCAUGAGCCGCUGAAGAAGGCGGCGGGUCACUCUUGGUGGUCUUGGUGGCCCAAACGGGCGAUGGCGGGAGACGAGCGGAUUCCGGUGGCGGAGCAGACCCGCGAAAGGGAGCACAAACACGAGCACGAGGUGAAGUCCAUUGACUAUUUGAGCGACUCAACGCUGCAUGCCGACGAUGGGGUGCUGGAGCUAAUGCCAAGGGUGGAACUCCGCGAUGACAGCGAGGAGGAGGACUUGGUUGUCCUGCCGGAUGGCAGCCUAAGUACCCAACCAUCGCCACGUUCCUACGCCGGUUUCUGCGGGUCCAUUUUCCGGUUCCUUCUGUGCGAUCGGGACGCAAAACUGGACCCGGAGAAGCUACGUGCCGCUUUCCUUGGCUGCUGCAUGGCCUUUGCCAUUUAUAUGGGCUUCAGGAUGAUACGAUAGUGGCGAAAAACUAAAGCUAAGAAUGUUUUAAAUUAUGUUUUUGGCUGCAGACUGAGCUAAUAGGUUUUAAGGGGAUUGAAAUAGUUAAAGAGAUGCAAGCAACAUAAAA